AUGUGCAAAUACGAAGGGGGUGACUCAAAAGGCUUAAUAGUUCCAUGGACCAUCACAUUUGCUGAACUGUUGAAUCGUGUGCAUCAGAUUGGUAAUACAAACAGCAGGGAAAACAAGGUUUGCUUAAAGUUCUCAGUUUUGGUGGCCUCGAAUGAGUGGAAGCACAUAAAGAUUGAGGACGAUGAUGAUGCCAAAUUUUUUAUGAAGUACAAUUGUGAGGUAACACCUUCAAAACUAGCUCCCUUACUCGUGAGUAUAGAAGAUAAUGGACUGACAAAUGAUGUAGUUGAUAGUAUGCAUAUGACGACAGAUAGUAGUCGGAUGGGUCGUUCUUCAGCUGCCAUUGUUGAAAGCAAUGAAGUAACUUGGAAUAAUACAAAUGUCGCUGAUGUGGGAGGUGAUGUUGGGACAGAUUUUAUGGACAUGAUUGAUUUUAGCGAGGUGGAGGAGAUGCAUGGUGGUGAUAAUGGUGUAAAUGAUGGAGAAGCAUAUUUGGACACAGGGUAUUCGCGAAGUGAUUGGAAUCCGAAAAUUACAGUUGGGCAAAUUUUCUCUAGUAAGGGAGCAUUGUUGACCGAGUUACGGUUGAUGGCAUUGAGAGGCCACUUUGAAUUUAAGGUGCAAUUCUCUUGCACUAAGAGGUUGCUUGUGGUUUGUUGUCAACGUCCAUGCCCAUGGCGGGUCCGAGCAUCGAGAAUUGUAGAAUACAACUUCAUGAUUGUGAGGUGUACAACUGUCCAUGAAUGUGAUUUGAGGUUCGUACAUGACAACCAUCGUCAAGCAACCGCAGCACUUGUAGCCACUUCAUUUAAAAGGAAGUUGAAGGAUUCUCGGACAAUAUACACACCAAGUGACAUAAUGAGAGAUGUGAAACGCAACUUUGGUUUCACCAUCCAUUAUUCGAAAGCUUGGAAAGCAAUGGAGUUAGCUCUAUUGUCCAUUAGAGGAUCAACCGAGGAGGCUUAUUAUAUCCUUCCAGCCUAUUGCUAUGAAUUGGAGCGUAUGAAUCCCUGCACAAAGACACACAUCCAAAUUGAUAAGAACAAUCACUUUGUGUAUUUAUUUAUGGCUGUUGGCGCAUGUAUUAGAGGGUUUUGUUCUUCCAUGCGCCCAGUGAUAGCCGUGGAUGCCACUCAUUUAAAAUCAAAGUACAAGGGUGUUAUGUUUGUAGCAAAUGCAUUCGAUGGCAAUCGAAAUAUAUAUCCUUUUGCUUUUGAGAUCAGGAAUUUGGAGACGGAUGCAUGUGGCAUUGGUUUUUCACUAAACUUCAUGAAGCCAUUGGCUGCGAAAUCUUAUUCCAUUGCUGAGUUUGAUUGUCAUUUUCGGAAGAUCAAGAGAAAGGAACAUGUUGCUCAAUAUCUUGAACAAGCAGGGUUACAUAAGUGGUCUAGAGCUCACAUGGAUGGACGCCGCUGUUCGGUUCAUUUUUACACAUGA